CCCUUCUCUAUGCUCAGGAAACCCUAAUUUCGCUUCAGCAAUCAGUAUCACAAGAGCUACAAAGGCAAGUUACUUAGUUGAUGUGAUCUUCUCGAUCGAAAAGAUUUUGACGAUUUUCAUCUCACAGUGUAAUCGAGAGUGUGUUUUGGCAAAUAGAUGGGUGAAGAAGCAAAGGCAAUAGUUCCAGAGUCGGUCUUGAAAAAAGCAAAGAGAAAUGAAGAGUGGUCUUUGGCAAGCAAGCAAGAACUUGAGGCUGCAAAGAAGAAGAGAUCUGAGACCAGGAAACUGAUUUACAACCGUGCUAAAUUGUACUCAAAGGAAUACGAGGAGCAGGAAAAAGAGCUCAUUAGGCUAAAGCGUGAAGCGAAGUUGAAGGGAGGAUUUUAUGUCGACCCUGAGGCGAAGCUUUUGUUCAUUAUUCGUAUUCGUGGUAUCAAUGCCAUGCACCCUAAGACAAAAACGAUAUUGCAGCUUUUGAGACUGAGACAGAUAUUCAAUGGUGUAUUUCUGAAAGUGAACAAAGCCACGUUGAACAUGCUUCACAGGGUCGAGCCUUAUGUGACUUAUGGUUAUCCCAAUCUUAAGAGUGUGAAAGAACUCAUCUAUAAGAGAGGCUUUGGAAAACUAAACAAGCAGAGAACUGCUUUGACCGACAACUCAAUCGUCGAACAGGUGCUAGGUAAACAUGGAAUUUUGAGCGUCGAAGAUCUUAUUCACGAGAUCAUGACAGUUGGACCUCAUUUUAAAGAGGCAAAUAACUUCCUGUGGCCUUUCAAGCUCAAGGCGCCAUUGGGUGGUUUGAAAAAAAAGAGGAACCAUUAUGUUGAAGGAGGAGACGCUGGAAAUCGUGAAAAUUACAUCAACGAGCUUAUCAGAAGAAUGAACUAAUUUUUCUGUUUUUUUUUUUUGGUAAAGUUAGUGGAGGCUUCUAAUUGUCCUUGUUUUAUGGGGUUAAUUUGAAGCAAAUUUUCCUUGGUCAUCUAUUAUCACGGUCUGUUAGUCGUCCAUACCUGAUCGCCAAGCUUGUCAUGGUCUGUUAGUCGUCUGGAGGACGUGAAUUAAUUUCUUGAAAAUUUUGUUUUCUUUGUUAAAUUUAGAAAGUUUUGAUUGGGGAUACCUUGGAAUUUGGCAAGUUCCAUUAUUUAUUAUUUAUACACUCGGUUGUAAUCUUUGUCUCCUUUUCUCAGAAUUAGUUGCUAUUUUUCGCCA